GCCGGAUAACACGGGUUCCGAUUUAGUUGUCAUCGGUCUCCGUUGCGUUUGGUUGUGCCGUUUCUCCCGUGUUAAUCGUUUCUCAUUGAAAUGAAUGCACAAACGUCUUUGCCAAGGUGCAGGCUCUUGGGAUUCUGUUAUAUUCACGGAUAAAAUGACCCUUCGAGAUGUGGCAAGAAGAAGGCGAACCUCCGUUUGAGAGUGCUCUCGACGAGAAAGGAGAUGACAUCCAAAAGUUGAGUGUCAUACAGACUUUGCCCAACCUCUUGGCUACGGACGCCCAAUCAUGUAUAACGAGGGUAUUACCCAAAGUGCAGCAAACUCUGCAGUUUGCUUCCACGGAGUUCCAUGUAGCUGCUUCAUCCACCUUCAAAACGAUAUUGGAACAACGGCUCGUCAGUCAUACAAUCUUUACGCAAACGUUUCUCCAUGGCAUCUUAAGUUCGCUAGACAGCCGAGACCCACUCGUAGCUCAUGCAUGGUUGGAGACCUUACUGGACGUGAUCGAGUUACUAUCCAUAGAUGUUAUAAGACAAGAGAUUCUUCCAAUAGCUAUAAACAAAGGACAACUAUCUCAGCCCAUCAGUUCGAGAAUAAUGUGCUGCAAGUUGGUUGGAAAGAUUUGCACUCGAUUUGAUCCUGCUAUGAUUAAAAAAGAAGUCUUACCAACCGUGCAAUCUCUUUGUCAAGAUGUAAGUAGCGAAGUGCGUGCAUGCAUAUGUUUGCAGCUUCGUUACGUUGCUGAGGGUCUGGGGACCGAACAUUUAAAACCACUAUUGCUCCCAUCUCUUGUGGAAUUAGCUAGUGAUGAAGAGAGUAUAGUAAGACACGCCUCUGUACAGACAAUAGUACACUUGUUGCCUCAGCUUCAUCAAGAAACAAUAAAGGGUAUUAUAAUACCGCUUGUGAGAAAACUAUGUGAAAGUGCUCUUAAAUCGGACGAUAAUGUGGUUUGUGUGAUUUCUGAGGGAUUUGGCAAGCUUGCCCUCGGCCUCGAAGAAUCCCUACAACCACCCGAAAGGGCCUGGUUUCUAAGAUAUUAUCAACAACUUGCGCAAAUGGGAAUACCAUCCAUGAAGAAAGAAAAUACAAAACAAGAUUUUCCUUUUGUAAGCAAUGACCCCCUCGUGAACGAAACAUACGUGGAAUGUCGCAGACAAUGUGCUUUCAAUAUUCCUGCAAUGUUUGUCUUUGUAAGUGGCUUUGUAACGCCAGACGAACUAAAAUCAUUGCUCGCGACAUUUACUGAUUUAGCAGGAGAUCCUUAUUACAUGGUUCGGAGAACUAUUGCUUGUGGCAUUUACGAGGUUGCAAAGGUUUUACGAUCACGUAACGCAGCCAUAAGGGCAGUAUUAGUAAGGUUACUGAAAGAUGAUUCCGAGGAAGUAUUGCAAGGUUUGGUUCCUCACAUAGCAGGAACGCUAGAAUUGUUGGUGCAAAGUCACUCGAUUGGAACUGGACAAAUGGAUUCAUCGGUUGUUGAAUUAGGACGAGCUUUAUUAAAAUGCGAAGCUGUAAUAGCGACCACGCACAAUUGGCGACUUUCAGCGUUGAUGUUCGAACAGCUUGAGACAUUGCCAAAAUGUUUUCCAAGUGAUUUCAUUUAUACCUAUUUUGUUCCUACGAUUGUGACAAGAGCAUUGAACGCGAGGCCAAAUCCAGUUCGAUUAGCUGCUUGCAGAACGUAUCUUACUUUUCUAAGGUACAAUCUGAAGACCAUGCAAAGGACUGAACUUCGGAACAGAAUCUACACGGAUUUUGCUCGCAGUCAAAAUUGCUAUGUCAGAAUGUUGUUCAUCCGUAUGAUGAUAGAAGCUAUGGUGAUAUUCUCGUCUAUAUACUUCAGGGAAUACUUUUAUACCACACUACUCAGCUUGACCGAAGAUCCUGUGGCAAAUGUCAGGCUGAAAGUAGCCACAUUGUUACCUACGUUAAAAAGUAUCCUGCAACUUCCUACUGACAAAAAGCUUCUGGCUACGUUAGAAGCGAGUGUCCGUAAUUUAAUGAAUAAUGAAAAAGAUAGAGACGUAAUUGCCGCUCUGACAAGUGCGAUACACAAGAUGGAUGGAAUCGAUAUUAAAUAUGAAAGACAAUCGACUCAAACCAAAGUACACAAACUCGAUAGCGAAGAUUUGCGAAAAUAUGAGGAGGAGAAACUAUUGGCUGGAAUGGUUCCGAAGAGGUCGAACAUGGUGCCACUCAUGUCAGGAACUGGAAAGGUGGGACGGAAGCAACAAACUCAAAAAAUGGAUGGGCAGGGAAGAAUAAGCAGUGGAGAAAUUCAUACAUCGAAUGGUGGAAAACAAAGCGAACCUCUUUCGAUGGAAACUGUAUCGAGAUCUAUGUCGCAACAACCUCUGACCAGGGGAAGACCAUCCUCAAUGAGUGAUUCCAUGAGUAAGUUUUCGAACAAACAGAGCGCAACUUCUAGACCAUCGGAUGUGUCAAAAGCAAGUACUUCUAGCGACAACUUAACAUCGAGUUGGGCGCGUCUCACGUCCAACAGCACCUUACUAACGCACCCCUGGGAGAGACUCGGCCGAUCCGCUUCUAACGUUAGCCUAAGCUCAGUUAACCCCGCCGGAAGUUCGUGCAAUCAAUACGAUUUGCAAAAGCCCCAGUGCAACUGCUACGAAUUGGUGGGACGGCUCGUGCAAACGCGUCUUGCCAUGUCGAACCCAAGCGAGCAGGACUAUAAAACCAAAGUCUCUCGGUGUCCCUGCUUUAACGCGGACGUGGACUGUCCGAGGACGAGCGGGCAAUCGAGCCAAAAACACGACUACCCUAGCCCCGACUUAACUAAGUCAUUCGUACUAACCCAAUUAAAGGGUGAAAAGCAAGAGUUCCUACAGAACUUUUUACUUACGAGGGAGAGCUUUGAUAGUAAAGAUAAGGGCCCGGACCUGGCCGCUCUUCGCGCCCUGACCAACGCCGCUCACUACAACUCUUGUUGGGCUUUUAGCUCCAUGCCUGAGAUACCCGUCACCCUGCUGGACGACGAGUUUCUCGUAGACGCUGGAAUCCGCAUCCCGUCCCAGCUGUCGACCAGCCAGAGCACCUCGAAGAUACCUAAUCUCCAAGACAUCAUCUACAGGAAUCGAAGGGAAGGAAGCGCCGACAGGUCGCGGAGGAGCAGCGCCGUUUUCGAUAAGGGGAAAACUAAAAGGCACUCGUCCGAGUACGAGGACUGCAUCAAACUGAGGACCACUGUCAUAGAUCCAACGAAGGGCGACAGGAAUUCGGUGGAUUUCGAGGAUGGAUUGCGCCAACGGUCGUCUAAGGAGGAUCAGCUGUUCGGAAAGUCGGAAGCCAGAUCGAAGAGGUACUCGGCUGGAGUUCCUCCGGAAAAGUCCCGAUUCGGCUUUGAGACGGGUCAGAUGAAGUCUGCCGAUGACAAGUUCAGAAGGAACUCCAUGGUCUUGGAGAAGGAUAAGUCGAAGGCUAGGAAUGAGACCCAACCCAGGAGUGUCGUUGACAGGAGUAAACGUCAUUCCGUGAUUUACAACAGCACCAAGUUCGUCGAUACGAAGGACGUGAAACCGAAAUUUAAACGACAUAGCAUGGAGGUCGUGGAUUUUGCUCCUGUUGACAGGGUCGUCCGAGCUUCUAGGAGAUACUCUACGUUGGAUGUUAACCAUAAUCAAGGCUCUAGUAAAAUUCCGUUGAGAAACUGUAUCUCACAUUCUUCGUCCGGUAGUAGAACUGCACCUUCCACUAGAGCUUCCAGCCCGACCAGACCUGUGGUACAUUUGUCUUUUGAUUUGGACAGAAAGAGUCUCCAGAGCUCCGCCAGGGAACGAUUUCUUAGUAGAUUUAGCUCGAGCGACGAGGAGGUCGAUAAGCUUUGCCAAAAAAUUAUACAUUGCCAGACGGCACCGCCUAGUAGGGCUUGCAGCCCUAGGACCAGAGAUAGUAGGCUACCCGUUCGACUGCAAAGGAAAAAACUCUGAAAUUUGCAUUUCUACGGUUCAUUGCUAUUUAAUCGAUGCAUUUAUUUUGAUUCGAGAUACUUCACAUUCGUUUGGUUAACAUUGAUGAACUCGGUCGACGUUAAUUGAUUGCCUUGUAAGGAACUUGCCUGUAAUUAAGAUUCAAGAAUGUGCAGAAUUAAAUUAGCAACACAAGUCAACACCAAAGGUGAAGAUCUCUGGGUUUUAUACGAAUGGCCUAUCUUUUGAAUCAUGCAAGUUCCAUAUUUAGCAGACAAUUCGUAUGAAUUUUGUUGUGCAAUAUUAUCAUUGAAUAUUGUAAACGUGUUUUCUAUUUUGAAUUUAAAUUUUAUUCGAUUGCAUAUCCAUUGGUGGUGAUUAUCAUUGAUUAACGUAAUUUUAAAGAAAGAAGUUUACUCGUCUUUGUGUAUUUACUUGCUUGGCAAAAAAUUGAUUCGAGAAACGAACAGGGUAUUUGAAAAGGAAAAAAAGAAAAAAAAAAUGAAAUUUCAAGUACCGUCUAUUUUACGCUGCCUCGUUCUUACCAACGGUACUUACCAUAAUUUCAUGCCAUUAUUCGGAGCCGUCUACUUGUGAAUCCAAGAUCUAAUUUAUUCUAUUGUACUGCACAGUAUUUCAGGAGAUAGUUUUGCCUAUCUGAUUUCUGACUGUAUAUUUGCAGGAUAAUUUAUACGAAGGUCAUUUGCAUGAGUCAUUCGUACACAAUUCCGUUACCAUAGGCCUUACUUACCAUUAUAACUGAGCUUCCGUAAUUUGAAAAUCGUUUACUUUAGUUUCUCUUUUAUCUUUUAAGCGCUACGCGUUGGCAACACCAAAAUUCAAUCGAAAACGUGAACCGGAAGACUGUUAAAUAUGAAAAAUGAAGACGAUUAAUAUUAAGAGAGAUUAUGCGAGCUAUUUUUAUUUUCUUAGAUGCGAUUAGUGUAAUUGGCCCGAUAGUUUCUUUGAACGGGGCCUGAAACUUGAAAUAAUAAUUAGUAAAGUACUGGUAUAAUCGAAUUCUGGCUGAAGGACAUAACAAAGAAGAUGGGUUUUUUCAAAUUCAGGCCCUGGUACAAGUCACAAUUACUGAAGCAGCUGAUGCUAUUACUGUCGUAAGGUAGAUUCUAAUGCGCUAGGUAGACUUAUUAGUUACAGUGCGUAAUAUUCCAGUAUUGGAGCAAUUAGUGUAGGUUUAUGCUCGACUAGCCAUCCCUGAUAUUUAACAAACUUUUGAAUAUAAGGGAUAUCUAUGAAUAACGGCACUAGUCUAUGGAUAAAUUUAAAUAUAAAAAUGUAUAAAAAGAAAGCGAGCAGUUACUUUUCGAAGAGACUCGCCACUAGCUCGACAUAUUAGCGAUUACUCCGUCUACAAAUAAUUAUUGCGGUAUAGCUUGGAUCUUAUUAUUGCAGUUAAAAUAUUUUAUUAAUUAUUGUUAAUUUCACGGCCUGCAAUUCUACGACCUGGCCAAGGCGUGAUGUAUACCAUUUUACUCGAGAGGAAAAUAGUUUUAUAUGCUCACGAAAAAAAAAAAAAAGAAAAAAGAAAGAAAAGAAAUGUUUACUUUAACUGUCUUGUAUUCGAGAUGCAGCACUGAUAUUAAUGAUUUAGUUACCUAUGGAAUAGGCUCACUUUUCCUUGUAAAUGAUAGAAUAUGAGAAUAUUUCAAUUACGAUUAAUUCCUUUCUGGAACAACAAAGAGUUAGAACGUUGGACUACUAACUAUAUAGAAUAGUCCCAUGACUGCCCUGUGGAUCAUCCCUCACUAUCAAUUUUAAUCCGAUUCCUGUAACAGUUUAAAAGCAUGAGCAAUAUUAGAGAUGUCAACGAAUUCGUUAAAUGUUUGUUACCUUACAAUGAAUGCAAUAAUUCUUGCUUACAUUUUCAACGAAGCGCCCGUAAGAAUUGAACCAAUCGAUCGUAUCGCCAAAGGGGAACCAAAUGACAUUAAUUAAUUUAUUAAAGUGUAUUCCCUUGUUACUGAAAAGAAAGGGUUCUAAAUAUUUAAUAAAACGCAUCAGAGCUAUCCAAAUAGCGAACGUUCUACCGUUCCGACAAAAGGAACAAUGUAUAGAAAUUAAAAGUACCAGUAUUCAUGGUAAACCUGGGAAAGUUUAUAUUUAAUUAAAAAAUACAUAAUCGAUCGGUCCGAUUUCUCGCGCGCACGCGUUGCAUGUAAUUAUUCGUUCAUUAAAUCAAUGAAGACACCAAAAUGUGCUUUGGGAUGAUCUCCUAGGCCCGUUAAUAUUAAACAAAGGUAUAUCGUUAACAGUAGUAAGGGGCACUAGUCACGUACGCUCCGUUAACCGAAGAACAAUGUAUACUAAAGUCGUAACAAUAAAUUAUAUAUUUGUGCAGCACAA